UCCGCCAGCCGUGUUUGAGUUGGUCCGCCUCUACUCGCGACCAAAUUCGGGAAGCGAAUGUCGUUGACCGCUGUCGUCGGGCGAAAGAAAAAGUGAAUGAAUAAUUUCGGGAAGUGAACGUGCCACCACUCGGCUCCGAAGUGUGUCACGGCGGCUGCUAUUCCUCAGCGCGAGCUGUAAACACCAGUUGCUGCGAGAGAGAGAGCGAGAGAGAGAGCGAGAGACAGUAGCGGGAGAGGUCUCCUCCCAGUCUGUUGGGCUCCGGUGAAGAGGAGACACGACCAGACGUGACUGUACUGUACAUCCACCCGACCAGUGUUAGCUACCAAGGAUGUCCUCAAAGACACACAGCUCCAACAGCAUCGCUCACGCCCGGCGGACUGUGCAGCAGCUGAGGAUAGAGGCGAGCAUCGAGCGAAUAAAGGUGUCCAAGGCCUCUGCGGACCUGAUGAACUACUGCAACGAACACGCUAGGAACGACCACCUGCUCAUGGGCAUCCCCGCCUCAGACAAUCCCUUCAAGGACAAAAAGCCCUGCACUAUAUUGUAGUGGACGCCUCUUAGCCUUAAUGUUUUUGCUUAUUCAUGUUGCCGUUUUUGUCAGGGAGGGGGAGGGGGAGUGGGCAACUCAUUUAUUUGUGUUUGUUAACAAUUCUACCACUGAAAUUGAAAAAAUAGAGUAUUUUACAAGCCGAACCAGCAGGCUCUCCCUGGUCCGAGAAUGUUAGCGAGAGGGCAUCGCGCCAGCGCAACACCGGAGAUCAUCGCCUAAAACUUUGCUCGUAACAAUCCUUUGUUUGGCAGCGACUGUUAUGCCAGCUACGACGGACACUAUUGUGAUGUGGCUCCAGAUUAUAAUCCCAGGGUUUCACAGGGUUAAACUGCGUCAGACGUGAAGGCAACGGUGGCCGUAAACGCACGGGGGGGAGUAGCAGCUAGCAUACGGCAAAAGGCCCCUCAUUCUUUGAAAAGGUGCUCCAUCUUUGAUGUUGGUGAACGAAAGAAGGUUUUGGCGUGUUUACAUUCUGCAACUAACCUUUCUUGAAAGCUAACAUUUGACUCUCGGAACCAAUCUUUCUUAAAAUGUAUUUUAUUGCUUGCGCACGGAUCGCUACAUGUGUUGCUAAAAUCCGACACCAUUUUUAGAAUUUACGACAAAUAAAAGCUACUCUGCUUCGUGCGCACUAGUUGAGGAGUUGUGGCGGAGGUGGGUUGUGGUGGAGGUGGGUUGUGAGUUGCCUGCUUGUAGUAGCUGCGAUAAAUUACAUCCGUACACUUGUGGUGCGUUCGCUAACCUUAUUCCACACAUCCAGCCACCAUGAAUGUCAAACCUGCGUGAGUUUACUCCACACCACCUGGUGAGAAUAUGUCUGACUGAAUAUGUCUUUUAUUUUAAAUGAGUUUUAUUCUCCUAUUGAUGGAUGAUUUUAAAGGUUCCCUCUGAACAAAUGAUCCCCAAAGAUAGCCAACAAGCUUGGUUACCAGUUAAGGGUUGAAAGGAUGACCAGAAUUUUUAGCCAUUCCUCCCCAAAACAUCGCUUUUUAUGGAACUGAUGAUACGAAUCGAUCACUGUGAGCUGCGUCUUUAAGCUGCAGAUGCCUCUCGCCGCCGCCUCCGCUUCUGUCGCUUCAUUUUCCAGACACUCUGAAGCCUUACGCGUGAUUUCCCAGGAACUUUUUCUCUUCCGGUCAGAGGGAAUUGCAAGGUGCCAUCUAGACGUGUCCGCUGUUCGAUGGUGUUCCACUCGCUCGGUGCUCCUCCUUCGCGCUCCACAGGGUACUAUCAGGUCUUUGAAUCCGAAAGACGCCGUGUUAUUAUCCAGUUAUACUUUUUGUUUCCGAUUUGUUUCUAACCAUCUUUCUUUUUUCGUACCUGCAAUAAAAUCAUUCCUGUUUGCCUCUAAAGGAGCUCACCACUGCCAUGUCGUAACUAGUCUGUGAUCAGUGUUCAUUUUACAAUCCCGAGAAAUAACUUUAAUAAUGUAUCAACCUUUGUAAGAAGUACCAUGAAGCAUUCCUACCGUGAGAUACUGAAAUGAUAAACUCAAUAAAGACGUGUUGCUCUGCA